CGAAGACGGAAGAGAAGGCUGCAAAUCGGAUUUGGAGAAACCCUAGAAACCGGCAAGGGAGGUGGAAUCUUUGGGCUCGAGACGAUGAAUAGCAACUGGUCUAAUUUGCAUCAGAUUGCGAGAAACUCAUUCAUAGCUACAUCAACCGUCUACGCUUCCACCGAAUUCAACUUCUCAAACACUGAUCGAAGUAGCCUCUGCUUUUUUGCACGGGACAGAUCUGACUUUGUCGUGUUGAAAUCGGAGAAAGAGUUCAACAAUGCACUCAGCAAAGCUCAAGAUGGAUCUUUGCCAUCGGUUUUCUACUUCACUGCUGCGUGGUGUGGACCUUGCAGGCUUAUCGCUCCUGUAAUGUUGGAGCUCAAUAAGAAAUAUCCUCAUGUUACAACAUACAAGGUCGACAUUGAUGAGGGCGGUCUUUCAAAUGCUCUUGGGAAGUUAAAUGUCACUGCUGUGCCAACAAUGCAAUUCUUCAAAGGGGGCGUUAAGAAAGCAGAGAUUGUAGGUGCAGAUGUCAUUAAGCUGAGGAGUAUCAUGGAACAUCUCUACAAGUGAGAGAGACUUUGUAACUUGUGUUACAUUUUUUUUUUUUGCUGCGCUGCGUCAAAGAAAUGCACUAAGUGAUUACGAACAAGGAAACAAAAAAACUUUGUUAAGAUCGUUUUGAGACUCACUGUCUCACAGCAUUUAUUUAUCAAUGUACAUAGUUUAUGUGAUUUUAUCAAAUAAGUUUCAUUACUUUUAGUUAUGGGAAGGUAACUCAAAUAUUAUGAAUUUUAGAAUUUAUUGUGAAAAC